UUUUUGGCAUAAGGUCUUAUAAAAUGUUUCGUUGUUUUUCAUUGGAAAUGAAGCUUUACAAAUGUGUGACUCUGCAAACGAACCUAACAAAUCGGAACAUCCUUUCUUCUAGAUAAAACUAGUACUCCGGUUCAAGAAGAAGUUUGCGUUAAGGAAGACUUGCUUGAGAGUUCCGAAACUGGCGUCACCGGGUUCAGUUUCCCUCUGUUCUGUGAAGAGGACGUCGAUCGGCUGGAGAGGACAGUGAAGGCGGAUCCACAAAUUCGACUGGCAUAUGUGAGACAUUUGGCAUUCCAGGGGAAGUAUCAGCCCAGCUCAUUUGCCAAAUAUUUCAGCGAACUGUUCAGUGAUCUUUCGAUGUACAAUUAUUGUCUGGUAGAAGCCGAUGGUGGUCAUACUAGCAAAAAGAACAUGGGAGACUAUGACAUUUUCACCAACUGUAUGCUUGAGGCGUGGAUGUCGCAAGGUUUAACAGUGCAUGGUUUGACUGACCUGCUGAAAAGUGUGAUCACCAGCCUGAACGAUCGGCGUCAGUUGUCCAGUCGGAAUCGCCGAAAGCGGUCGAUACUUAUCCAGAUGAAGCUCCUGGAAGAGAAUCGAAAGUUGAAAUCUUGAAAAAGUUUUGCCCAAUAAAUUUUAAAACCAAAUCGGAACUCUUUGAUUUUGAUAGUUCGGAUAUUUUCAAUUUACAGUACUAGAAUGUCGAUUAUUAAAUGGGAAUAAUUGGGUAUGUUUCAGAAGACCAUCAACCACCAGCAAGGGAUAUGGAAAAAUUGAAACUGGAAUUGACCAAACUGGAUCAGCUUUUCAGCCAACGUCGGCGGCAGCAGCCGCAGGUGAAAGUAUCAUCCCGGCGACCAAUCGUUGAGGGAUUUGUGUUUCCCCUGAAAUCCGAGCGAGACGUUGAGCGACUGGAAGUUGCAGUCAAUUCGAAUGUUGGCCUCAGGGAGCAAUAUGUUCAACUUUUAAAAGUGAAAAAGCAACAACAUAUCGAAGUGGUGGACAGUUUUCCAAUGCUUUAUGAUGCAACCGCCAUGAACGGAUACACAUGGGCCGGCUGUCGGAUGACCAAGUUUCCCAAGAAAGCAAUGAAAAAUUAUUCCAUUUUCAAUGGCUGUAUGCUCGAUGCCUGGAAAUGCCAAGGAAUCGACGAGAAAGCCCUCGAGGAAGGAAUCAAACAAGCAAUCCAAAGAAUUCGUAGGCGUAGAUUGACGAAAAAUCUAUCCGAUAAGAAAAAGUCUGCAUCGGAAACUUGACGCUAUGUCGAAUAAAAGAACGAUUAUCAACUACCAAUGUUUCAUUGUUUUGCUUACCUACUAUUAUUUGCUGUGUGGAAACGGAACGUUCUAUUAUGCUAACAACUUUUACUCUAUUGCAGAAAUAUUCUUCAUAGAUAGCGUGUGCUCGGAAAGCCCCGAGCAGUACACGAUCCGACCAGCUCGGCGGCCAACGGAAGUAGUGAUAGAAGAAGACGACGAGAACACCGAAGAGGAGCAAUUUUCUCUGACCCAAACCGUAGACGGCUUCCGGUUUCCACUGAAAUCGCCAGAGAUGGUCGAACAACUGGAAAAUGUCGUUCGAAAGGAUUCCAUCGUAAGAAAGCAAUACGUUGAAUUGCUGCGCAAGCAGCGUGACCUCGCCGAACGGCCUACGUUUGCCUUCCUGAAGCUGUUCAAAGAUAAGGCACUGCUCGAUUACAACUACAGCGGACGGUGCAACUUUUCCGGAUCGAAGAAAAAGGCCAUGAAGGACUACUGCAUUUUCGUGGAAUGCAUCAAUGAGGCCUGGGGUGGUCAGCAGACCGCCGAAGAGCUUCGGCAGUACAUUUGCAGUGCAAUCACGCUGAUCAACAACCGGAAACGUGGAGCUCGAUUCCGCAGCAAGCAGAGAAAUUCCAAUCCGCGCAAAAAGUGACCUUCGGGGUGUCGAAUAGAUAAGUCUGAUCUUUCAUUUCGUUCUGAAUGGUUAUGCUCUCUAAUAUGUAUAUAAGUCAAAGCAUCAUGGAACGAGAGAGAUGAUUAAAGUUUCCAACUCGCGUAAAAGUAAAAUUUAGGUAUUUGAAGGAAAAGAUGGUUGACUUAAAUUUAUCUUGAUUAAUUUUGUAAAUCACGAAGUAGAAUUAAAUUCAGUGAAUAAAAAAAAGCUCUAGUACCACAUUGUUUCGCUAUGUCUUAAUCAAGGAACCACACGGGCAAAGUGAACGCUUGGCCGGCGAGACUAAAAAGCGCCCUCAAGCCCGGCGAC